AUGGCGCCGAAAGAAGAGGUUUUGAUUCUGAAAGAAGAAGAGUUUUUCAAGUCUCCACCGUUGAUUUUUUUCGAAAGUUUUUUUGAGCCUUAUGAGCAUCCAGGUUUUUUUAGAAUUUUCCAUAAAAAAACCAGUUUCAAAAUGGUUAUGAAAGAAAGUUGAAAAUGACUACGAAGUUAGUUUUUAGAGUUAUAUAUUAUGCGAAAUAAAAAUGAUAAAAUGUUAGAAUUAUUGUAUUUUCACCCGAUUUACUCAGAAUCCGUGCUUCCGGACGGGAAAAUAAACCCAGAGUGUCCUUGUCUGCAUUCGGCUCUUGCACACCGUUGCGGCUAUUUUAUUCGAGAAGCCAUUAAGUCAGUUAACGUCCUAAUUAUGCGCGAAAAAUAAUGUUUCAGGUGUUUCAAUUCGUCUUCGACGAACCCCAGAGGACUCGACUGCGAGAAACAGUUCCUCGAACACUUUAUGUGCAUGGAAAAAUACUCUAAUUAA